AUCCGCAAGAACAUAAAAUUGUUUCGGGCUGGUGGCACAGUGCUGACCGGUUGUCUCGCCAUGGCGCACGAAAACAAAGUAAUUUCUGCGGAAUUGGAGAAAAUUCACAAGCAAAGUUUAGAAAAAGACACUGAAGUCAAAGAUGUGUAUUACAAUACGAAAACGCCGUAUCGUAGACAGGCAUUGACAGCGCUUGGCACAGUGAUGCUCAACUGUGGAGUUGGAGCCACGGCCGGCUUCUCCGCGGUACUCAUACCUCAGCUGAAGCACGGAAGGAACAAGCUCGACCACAAGCUCAACACUGAAAUGGAGUCUUGGGUAGCUGCUGCCGCCUCGUUUGCGCUUAUAUUUGGCAACCUGAUAUCGGGGUACUUAAUGGAGAGGUACGGCCGAAGAAGUUCUCAGAUUAUGUUAUCCUUUCCUUAUAUGGCCGGAUGGGCCAUCAUUGGCUUCGCAGAUAAUAUUUAUUUAGUUCUACUUGGAAGAUUUAUCACUGGAUUUUGCCAAGGCUGGCUGGGUCCUUUGGGCUCGGUGUUUGUUGGAGAAGUCAGCAGCCCUCUAAAUAGAUCUGUAUUUUUAGCCGGUUUGUCACUGGCAAUAGCUUUCGGAGUGUUCAUGUCGCAUCUUUUUGGAACACUAAUGCACUGGAAGUACGCAGCUUUACUUUGUGGAUUAUUUCCACUAACCGGAUGCAUUUUGACUUACUGUGUCAAGGAGUCUCCUACCUGGCUAGCUUCAAAAAACCGAAUCGAUGAUUGCAUAGAAUCAUUCCAGUGGUACCGCGGAACAAGUCCUGAGAUGAAAAAUGAACUUGAUAAAAUUAUAUUUGAGCAAUCUCAAAGAGAUCAGUCGAAGAGUAAACUAAAAACCUUACUGGCAAAUAUAAGAAAGCCUGAAUUUUGGAAGCCACUCUGCAUAAUGAUCGUGUUCUUUGUUUUAACGCAGCUAACUGGAGUUAAUGUUAUUUGCGCGUAUACUACUGAGAUGAUGAAAGAACUCAUCGGGAACCAUGCUAACAGAAGUACAUCGAGUGUAGCUAUGUUGAGUGUAGAUAUUCUAAGAUGCGUAUCCUUAGUUGUUGCGUGUUUCCUACUUCGUAAACUUGGCCGUCGACCGAUGGCUUUAUUCAGUGGAGCGUCUACAUGUCUUACUCUAAUAUCACUAUCUGGUUACUUAUAUCUCGUCAACAACCGUGUCAUAAGACAUAUAUCACCAUUUGUUUCCUUAAGUCUGAUAGCUAUUUAUAUUAUUGUUUCUAAUUUUGGUGUGGUGCCUUUGCCCUGGAACAUGGUAGGCGAGCUGUUUGCCACGGAGACAAGGGGUUUAGGCUCAGGCUUUAGUGUCAUGACUACCUCGGUAGCUUACUUUGGGACGAUAAAAACUGCACCUGCCAUGUUUGAAAGCAUAGGACACCACGGAACGUACCUAUUUUAUGGAUUAUCAACUAUGCUAGGAACUAUAUUUUUAUUCUUCUGCUUACCUGAAACGAGAGGUAAAACUUUAAUAGAAAUCGAAGAGCACUUUAGAAACAGUAAACAAACAAAAACGAAACCUGUUCCAGAUGACGGAACUGUAUAAUCAUUUUUACUUUAAAUAUAAUACAUCUACUUUUGAGGAUCUCUUUACU